UUUUGUAGCUUCUCUUUUAUCCUUUCAAACUCCACUCUUCAAUUAUUUCCUCUCCUUCUUCCUCAGAAAUAUUAUUUUCUCCUUCCAAAAACUGUUUCUAGUUACUGCAGAGGUUUGAAUUCCUGUUCUUGCUCACUCGUGCAGAUCGAAUUCCAACCAUGGCGCUUGAAACUUGGUUGUUAAAAGUGAAAACGGUGAUAUCCCACAAGUUCGAGGCAGCGAGAUCUAAUUCGGUUUCGAAACGAAAAACAUUGAAGAAAUCAAACGUAGGAAUUUUAGCGUUUGAGAUCGCCGGAAUCAUGUCAAAGCUCAUCCAUCUCUGGAGCUCACUCUCCGAUAAGAACAUAGUUCGUCUCCGGAACGAGUCUAUAUGUCUAGAGGGAGUCCGCAGGAUUGUCUCCAACGACGAGUCCUUUCUCCUCGGACUAGCAUGUGCCGAGAUGGCAGAAAACGUCAGGCUAGUCGCAAAUUCCAUCUCCAGAAUCAACCGGCGGUGCCUGGAUAUAAAUCUCCUGGAUUUUGAUCGGAUUUUCAGCGAGUUUGCAAACACGGGUCAUGAUACUCACGGAUGGAUUCUCAGCUGUAAAGAAUUGGAAGCCAGUAACAAGAAGAUGGACAGGUACGUGACAAUUACUGUCACUUUGCACAAAGAGAUGGAGGAGCUGUCGGCGAUCGAGAACAGUUUCAGGAAAGCUGUACAGUGUAAAGAUUUCGAGUCGGCUACCAAGGAACAGAAGAUCAUCGAUCUGCAGCAGAAGCUUUUCUGGCAAAGGCAGGAAGUAAAGUACUUAAAAGAAAGAUCCCUAUGGAAUAGAAGCUUCGACACGGUCGUUUCAAUGCUUGUAAGAUCCGUUUUCACCAUUUUAGCAAGAAUCAAGCUGGUUUUCGGGGUCGGCCAUGGAUACCCACCGUCUCUUUCUCGCAGCCUCUCUGCUUCGGCAACAGUUCAUCCCACGGAAAACACCAACACAUGUACCUUCGUGUCCGGACCAUUGAAAAGUUCAAAACUUGAUGAGAAAAAGGAAAUGGGUUCUAAUUUUUUCGAGUCGAAUUCGAGGCUACUGAAGCCACCGGAGAGUACUCUUGGUGCAGCGGCGUUAUCCUUGCACUAUGCUAAUUUGAUCAUCGUCAUGGAGAAGAUGAUAAAGUCGCCACAUUUAGUUGGGGUUGAGGCGAGGGAAGAUCUGUAUGCAAUGCUACCGAGCAGCAUAAGGGCGGCUCUGAGGGUGAGACUAAAGGGGGUGGGAUUCUCGGCGAGUGAUCCAGUGCUGGCCGGAGAAUGGAGGGCAGCGUUGGGGAGGAUCUUGGGGUGGCUGUCCCCAUUGGCGCAUAAUAUGAUUAAAUGGCAGAGCGAAAGGAGCUUUGAGCGGCAGAAUUUAGUACCCAAAACAAAUGUUCUUCUCUUGCAAACACUGUUUUUUGCAAAAAAGGAGAAGACUGAAGCUGCCAUUGCAGAGAUGCUGGUGGGGUUGAAUUAUAUUUGGAGAUUUGAGAGGGAGAUGACAGCAAAAGCAUUGUUUGAAUGCAGCAACUUUAAUGGGGUGGUGAUGAAUUUGCAAAAUUCAAGUUGAGGAGAGAACGGGGGAUUUCUUUUUCAUUUUUGGGUCUUAAUUAAUUAUGGCUAUUCUGCAAUUUGUAGAUUGAAUUAAGUUUCAGCUUGCUGAACUUUCAGGGUUUGUUUUGGGAAUUUCGAACCCUAGGCUGUAUAUGAUAAAUCUCUAUAUAUAGAGAGUUGUAUGUAAAUGAUCACAUGAAUUGAGAAAAUUUUCCGCGAAUUGUUUGUUUU